ACACAUCUGCUGAUAGAGAUUUCCCUCAUUACGAUCUUCAAUCAACCAUGGCACCAACGGAGCAUCCACACAUUGUUUUUGGCACCGCCACCUUCGGUACAGGGACCCCCCAAGCCAAAUUCUGCGAUGAGGCAACUGCAUCUCCUGUCCUUACCACCUUGCAGGCGAGAAACAUAAACAUGCUAGACACUGCUAGGGCCUAUCCAGUGGGGUCCCCAGGUACUGCUGAAAAGCUUUUGGGGGAGCUGGAAGUUCCUUCUUGGGCUACUGUCUCUACCAAAGUCUAUUCCUGGGAGCCUGGAUCCCAUCGUGCUGAAAAAAUUAAAGAAAGUAUUGCCGAUUCCCUAGCAUCACUCAGGAUAGACAAGGUAGAUAUUAUGUAUCUACAUACGCCAGACCGUGCUACACCAUUCGAGGAAACUUGCAGAGCGAUAGAUGCUGAGUACCGCGCGGGGAAAUUUGCUCGAUUUGGGUUGAGUAACUAUACCGCGGAGGAAGUUGAUGAGAUCCUGACUAUCUGUGAGAAGCAUGGUCUAGUGAAGCCUAGUGUAUACCAGGGCCGCUAUAAUGCAAUUAUACGAUCCGCAGAAAAACAUCUGUUCCCCCUUCUUCGACGGCACGGGAUAGCUUUCUAUGCGUAUAGUCCCGCAGCAGCAGGUCUCUUCACGGGAAAGGUUUCGCCAGAGACUGCCCAGCCCGGUUCACGAUGGGACAAAAGUACCAAGAUGGGUAAAAACUACCAAAACACAUACUGUAAACCAGCAGUCCUUGCAGCAGCCCAGAGAACGGCAAAGGCGGCUGAAGCAGCUGGGAUAAGUGGGCACGCAUUGGCGUUACGCUGGACGAUCUACCAUUCGGCCUUGAGCUACCAGCACGGAGAUGCUGUGCUCAUUGGUGCAUCAAGCUUAGCUCAGGUCGAGGCCAAUCUAGACGCGGUCGAGGCGGGCCCGUUGGAUGAGGAGUUGGUCGAUUUGGUCAAUCAGGUGGGGGAGUUAGUUGGUAACGAGUCUGCUCCAUAUCAUCUCUGACCGCUCAGUAUGUAUCUAUCUAUCUAUGGCGUAAUCUGUAGUAUGCUAGUGUUC